AAUAUUUGCAGCCACUCUAAGAUUAAUAUUUUACCAACUUCUUUUAGCAAUAAAAAGUAAAUAUCUUUACUGAAAACGUCAACUAAGGUCUCCCACAUACAACUUAAAAUGGACGACAUACGUAGCAGCAUAGAUGAUAUGAUGGACCGCUUUAACGACAGCAUUACCCAUUCGGCACCCAAGAAACUACUUUUCAACCGGCUUUCCGCCUCCUUCGAUUUAGGAGUUUCACCCAAUAAGCGACGUCGGGAACGGGAAUCACCGGAACGCAGUCUUAACGACACCGCCUCUUCCCUCAAUAUGCCCGCCAACGAUUCCAUGGCUUCUUUGCAGAACAGCAAACUACGGACCGAGCUGAUCGAAACCAAGGCCAUAGUAAUUCAGCUGCGUAACGAAAUCGAAAAGAAGAGCCGGGAACACAAAGAGGCCAUAUUGCUGGCUGAGAACAAGAGCACGGCCUUAAAGGAUCAGUGCGACAUCACCAGCAAGAAGAAUUUGGAGCUGCAGGACGAUCUUAAGGCGCUUCGUAAGCGAGAGCUGGUCUUGAAGAAUGAGGCCAGUCGGGCCACCGCCGAGUUGAACCAACUUAGGCUUAAGUUCGAUGAAUCCACGCUCAAGUUGCAGAAGGAGAAGUACCUGCAGAAGGAGGAUGCCCGCGAUGUGCACCUGUGCAUCAACAACGAACUGAGCGAAUAUCGCCGCAUAGCCCAGCGGGCCGAUCUCGAACUGCAGUCUACGCGCAACGAACUGGAGCGCCUACGUCAACUCAAUGAGGAGUUACAGGCCAGGGCUUCCGGAUUCGAGCAGCUGCGCGCCAAUCACGAGAAGCAAACGCAAAGCUUGAAGGUGGCCAACGAUCGCAUUCAGGAGCUGGAGUUCGAAAUUCAGUCGUAUAGCGACUGGAAGGAGGUGGUCAAAACCUCACGAGAGCGCCUGGCCAGUGUUCCAGAUUUGCUAGCUGAGGUGGAGCAUCUGCGCAGCCACAACAAGCAUUUAAACACUCUGAUAGGCGAUAAAUUGCUUCUGGAGGAGCAGGUCUACGACUACAAAACGCGACUGGAGCGGGAGGAAGGUGCUCGGGCGGAAGCAGCUUCCCUGCAGGUGAAACUGCUUCACAUGGAGCAAGAACUCAAGGAAUGGGUCAAGGUGGCCCAGGAUCACUGCUUGGCCAACACUUUGGUCAGCCCAAUGGCCCUACGCUCGCGCAUUGAGCAACUGCUAAAAGAAGACAUCAUUCACGUGGCAGAGAAGACAUCAUCGGCUUCGGAUACCAAGCAUUUGAAUACCACAAUUCGAGAUCUAGAGCAUAAGUGCGCCAUUUACUUGAAGAACAUCGAGGAUCUCAAUAUCGGACUGAAACGCCACAAGAACUUCAAGGAGCGACUGCAGCGCAAACUGAUCACCGUGUCUAAGGAGCGCGACUUCUACAAACAACUGGUGGAAAACUUCGACAAGGACACGACCCUGAGCAAUGCCAGUGUGGCGGACAUGACGCAGGACAUGCAGGUGCGGGUCCGAAUGGAGGUGCUUGAACGCACCGUAACCGGAUACAAGGACAUGUGUGCCACGUUGGAACGCGAGAUUCAAUCCUUGCGCCAGCAGGAGCUUGUGAACGAACCUGCCGGAGAGGGAUACGAUAGCGUCAAAAAGGAACUGGAUACGCUGCGGAUGGAAAACGAUCGGCUGCGUCGGCGCAAGGAGGAACUGGAGAUGGAGAUGAUGCACCGCUGCUUGCGGGGCGACUUCAACAUGAAGGACUUCAAGGUGGUACACUUUAGUGAAAAUCCCGCUGCCGAAGCCUAUGAGUCCACCAAAAACAUGAUGGAGAAGCUGCAGGCGGAGAUUGAGCGACUCAAGCGGCGCAACAAGAAGUUGGAGGACGAUAACGAGCAAAGGCUCAAUGAAACCACCAGCACGGGCGGCAUGACACUGAACUUUAAGGAGUUCAAUCAACUUCAAGCCGAAUUAGAGUCCGCCAAUGGCAAGAUGCGGAAGAUGAGGGAUUGCUUCAAGGCGGCCCGAGAGGAGUUCCGCGAUGUGUGCUACAUGCUGCUAGGCUAUAGGAUCGAUCGAAUCGGUGCCAACAGCAACUAUCGCAUAUCGAGCAUGUUUGCAGAGGGACCGGAUGACUAUCUGGACAUCAGCCUCAACGAAUCGAACUGUUUGGCGCUACUGGAGUCGCCAUAUUCGCACACAUUCAAUCCACCUAUUGAUCAGCAGCUGGCAGCCAGCAACUUUCCCGCAUUCUUUUCCGCCCUCACCCUAGAACUAUUCCAAAAGGCCACUGUCACGAUGACUUAGGUCAUCAUUACUUUAGUCUGUCUUAGCUUAAGCUAGCCGAGUAUGAAGGCAUUGAAACUUAUUCUUGUCCGCAUCAGAUAUACGAUUGGUUUUUUAUUUUACCACGCUAACAAUAAACUUCCCCACAUAUAAAUACAU